CCUGAGCCAAAGUCAGACACCUAACAGACUGAGCCACCCAGGGGCCCCUGUAUUGUUGUUUUCUAAUGGAACAAUAAAUCCUGAAGACAUUUCCCUAUGAGCACACAGAGAGAAGCCUGAAUGUGCCCCUUUGGCCUGCUCUGGGACCAGGGAAUUAGUCUUUCUGAAGACAGCACCGUAUUGUAGGAUGUGGAUUUACCAUGAUUUACUUUGCCAUCCAGCUCAAUUAGAUGAAGGCUUAUUAAAUGCCUCAUCCUGAGCGCUUCAAUUUAAAUCUGUUCAAUUCAAUCCAAUCCCACGCAAACCUACUCAACAAGCAUCUACUGAGCACCUUCUUUGUGCAACCACUCUGCUAUGAUCAUAUUUUGGUUUGAUCUUGAUUGACUACCUCUACUCUUCAGGUCCCGUAGCAAAAAUAUUUCUUGGAAAUCUACUAUGAAAUAUAGCACAACAAGAGACUGAUAAGAAGACCAUAGUAAAAAGGGAUUGAUGUUUGAGAUGGAUAAAAUAUUCCUCUUUUCCUACGCCGACCUUCUUAUUUUAAUAGGCUCUAAUGUCCUUACUUCAUUGGGCUUCUUAGGAUUUGGAAUUUGUCCCAGAUAGAGAGGUGCAAUGCAACCUAUAAAUAAGUGCCAGAGGAGCCGAAAGCAGAAAGAACGUGAUUCUGUCUGAUUCCCAAGGAGAAAAACACAAUCCUAGGAGCAGCCAGGAGCAAUCCAAGUGUUUUCUCUUGUAGUUAUUCGGCUUGGGUUGUGCUUGUUUGCCCAGUAGGCUUCCCACUUACUUGUUCUGUUUCAUGUGCAUGCAGGCGCUUCCUGGUCUGCAGAAUAAGUAAAUAGUCACUGGCUGUAACAUAGUAUCUCAUUCAGUUCUUGCAGCUGAUGUUCGGAAGCCGGUGAACUGUUGCUUUCCUGCUUUUGAGUUAGACUGGGUCUUACAUAAUGAGAGUUCUGAGUUAUCAUCCCUUUGAUAAACAAUUUAACUUCUUGGCUCAGGGUGAGAAUGCAGUACCGAGGAGAUGGGGAUCUCCCGCACCGUGGAUGAGGCUGCAUACUGUAUCCUGCUUCUGCCUUGCAAUGCCACACGGGAUAAUCUGUCUCUCCUCCAGGCUAAACGUCCUUAGUUACUUCUGCUCCACAAAGGGAAGUCUCCAUAUGCCCCAAUCUCUCCCCUUUUGGAUGCAAUAUUUCUUUUAAUUCUCGUCCCAGAAACAGGUGUAAAACUCCGGGUGUUCUGCAGACAACAGGGGUAUUGUUUCCCUUGAUCUGGACACUAUGCAAUUUAUAUUGCUAUGAGGUUUUUGAUUAAAUGGGCCACCCCAUAGCCUAAAUAAGACUUGUUAUUAACUAAAAUUCCUAGAUCUUUUCCCCACAGGAAACCUUUCCUGUCAGGUCUCUCCUGGUAUAUCUGUGAGCAAUAUAGUAGCUAUUUUAUCCUUUUAAGCUUUCAUUUGCUUGAGUUGGUCCAUCUGAGUAAAACUUUUUGAACCUUAAUUCUGUAACCUGUGGCAUCAGUGUCCCUCCUAGACGUGUGUCAUCUGCUUAUUUGAUAGGUCUGUCUUCUAAAUCUUCAUCCAUGUCACCAGGGAGAAUAUAACUGGAGGCUGUGGUGUACCAUUAGAGACAACCAGCAGGUUGGUGCUAUCAUUAAUCAUGCAACUUGGGGCCUGGGUGGUAUCUCUUUAGUUAUGAUUGUACCCAAAAGCAUUAUCCUGUUAACUAACUGAUCCAUGAGAUAUUCUUGGGAAAUUUUGUCAAAUACCUGUGGCAACCGACACAGGCCACGGUUAUAGCAUUCCUCCGAUUUCCAACCUAAUUUCUACCCCCUUUCACAAGUACAUCUAGCUAGGUGAAGCCUUAAACUUCAAGGGGAUUUGCUCUUAGAAAGCCAAUGGUCCAAUGUUAGUGAUUACCACUUUCUUUUUUAAGAGCUUACUAAUUUCCACAUCCAGAAUCCAACCUGUUUUGAAAUGUGGGAUGCACUACACCCCUCCGCUCUUUUAGUCCUGCUCUCCCAUCUAUGGUUCUUGAAAAUUUCCAACCACAGACCCUCUUUGUAAACUCCUGCAGCACCCAAGGGGCUGUUUUGUCUGAGCGGGAAGAGAUUUGAGCUCAUUGGAGUGAUCAGCAGUUUAUCAAUAUCCCUGCCUCCCCUCUCUGUGCUGUGUUCCACUGCUUCCAGUUUGAGAUCCUUUGCUUUUCUGUCCUAAACCGAUAGAAACAAAGUUUCUGGCAUGUCACUGCCACUUGAGUACUCCCCAGUCUAUUUUGAGCAGUAGGCUAAUUCUGUCCUUGUUCUGCCUGCUCUGAAAAAUAAAAAUUAACCCAACAAACGACACAUCCCUGUAUCCUUUAGUGCUUUUUGUGACUGUCAGCCCCUUCUGUGUUUUGACUUCUGCUGAGACUUUUCUUCCUGCCUUCUUUCUGCCAGUAUGAAAGGCUCGUCCUAGAUUAGGCAUGCUGCCGGCUGCAAGCGUUUUUCUGUUUGCAUCGUGUCCUGAUGCCCCUUUGUUAUCUCCAGGGCCUGACACAAAUGCGUUGCACCUUGUAAGCGUUCAAUAAAUAUUCAUAUAGAUGCGGAUUUUUCAAAAGGUAAACUGUGAACGCUAAUUAAGAAUUGAUUUAACUGUUGUUAUAUGGCCUCAGGAGACCUUUGAGAAGGGGAGAGGAUUUGGAAAGUUAUCCAGGAAGCCCCUGUUUGCUGACUGCUAAGCCACUGGAGAGGAGCAAGACAAAAGAGUGGUUGGGUUCUCUUUUUCCUUUUUUGACCUUUCCUUUAGCAACCAAGAAGUGGAAGACCACAAUUGCAUUGUUAUAAUGCACUCUUCCCUCCCUUUCCUUUUAUGAGUCAAUCAAAUCAUAUUUGCUGAGGAUUCACUGUGUGCAAGGCCACAAGAGGUCCCAGAAGCUUUCGCCCAGCCCAGAUAUGGUGGUAAUAACCUCACUGACUUGUCUCGGGCUGUGUGCAAGGCUUCUAGUCUGCGGGAGUCAGCUUUUAAAAGGCAGUAUCUCUGGGCCAGAAAGAAAAGCCUUGUGAGAGGACACUCCUUGGGGCUCAGCAUCCUGUUAAUAACCAGGUGCCUGCGGAGACAGGCUGGACUGCGCAUUAGCUGUGUGACCUCUGACAAGACACGGAGCUUUUCUGAGUGAUCACCAGCGUAGAUUUGACAGGACUCUUCGUCUGUAUAAUGGGGGUACCUAGCGACACUCGCCUUAAAAACUUGCAGUGAGAAUUCAACAAAGUAACAUAUGCAUGCAUGUCUGCUUUAUUAGUUCAUUUAUUCAUUCAUCUGCUAUCGGUCGCUUUGUUGGUCCUUCAGCAGGGCCUUGUGCCCAACUGUGUCUACCAGAGACUGCACUGGAGGGAGCCAAGGGGAUGCAAGUGUGAGGGAAACAGCUGACGAGGGGCUGUGUCCCAAGGCUGGGGUGCUCUGCGGGGAGAAGGGCUUGCUCAGGGAAGACCUGAGAGAUAAACUUGGCUGUUUUGCCACAGGCUGGCAGGCCUGGCCCACAGCGAUCUGUCUUUGUGGUCACUGCCUACCACCUUGUCUGGACGGUGUGGGGUGACCGCUUCACCUGCUUGAGUGACCUGCGAGUGUCACCGGGCUCAGAGCCAUCCUGGGAGACUGAGACUGAGAAGCUGUGUGCUAACAGCACAGGCGUGGAGGAUUCAGCCGUACCACAUGCCAGUGGGACCCCCCCACCCCCGGAAGGGGUCACAGGUGUGUGCACAGGCCUGCGUCUGUGGGGGAGGGGACAGUUUGUAAAUGAGGAAAGGCUGGAAGUCAAGGACACCUGGCCACCUGUAUGCUCUGCUUUCCUUCCCUCCUCCUGAGAGUGUCUGGGAACGGGAUCUUCCUGGGCUCAUCUCCAUAUCCCCUGUGGUCUCUGCACAGAGCCUGGCACACAGUAGGUGCCCAGAAAAUAUUUGCCAGAUGAUGCAAGGGAUGAGACAGGUGGGAAGAGUCCAUUUCUGGCCAGCGUUUCCCUUCUGAGGACCCAAGAAGUUGCUUUUUGACCCUGGUCUUGUAGUUCCAGGAAGCCCAUGGGGCCACCAGUCUGUAUAAGUGUAGCCUUUGGGGGACCCUGGUCAGAGAAGCAGUGACCUGCUUACCAUGCCCGGGAUGGGAUGAUGCUGUGACCACACUUAACAGGACAAUUGAGAAGCCUUUGUGAUCCUGGGUGGUCAGAAGCAAAUUAGGAGACUGCAUUUUGUUUUCCUCCCUUUAAGUUAGAGAAACACCAGCUGGGGAAAGUUCCCUUGUUCCAGCCCUCCCUUUUCUUCACAGACGUGCUGAUAGUUUGCACUCCUAAUAUUUGAAGACCCUGGGGUUUUUCUUUGUGAAAUAAGUGGGGAGAGUGAAUCAGCCUGUGACGACUACAUGUGCAGGUGGUGUGGUGAUCCACCCCACCUCUCCGCCUCAUGGCUUUCUAGAGAGCUGUAGAACCUCCCAAUGCCUGAGUGUCAGCAGCGGCCUCGCACCGGGAAGCGGGUAUAAUCUAGAUGGGAGACAGCGUUCUACGAUGCCCUGCGGGAAGAGCACCUCUUCUGCCUGUGAGCGAUUUGUCACUUCCUUCUGUAAGACUGGCACCAGCAGACAUGCAGUCUCAGAGGAUCCCGGGGAGGAAGCGAGGCCGACCCCCACUGCACUCAACACCUAUGAAGAUGGCAGUGCAUAACCUUUAUUCUACUUCAGCUGGUUCUUUGCCAGCAGCGAAGAUCCCAAAGAAAAGAGGGCGGAAGCCUGGGUACAAGCUCAAGUCUCGGGUUCUUAUGACUCCUUUAGCCCUCUCGCCUCCGCGGAGCACACCGGAGCCCGACCUCAGCUCCAUCCCUCAGGAUGCAGCCACCAUACCCAGCUUGGCCGCCCCACAGGCUCUCACAGUCUGCCUCUACAUCAACAAGCAAGCCAACGCAGGGCCAUACCUGGAGAGGAGGAAGGUGCAGCAGCUCCCUGAGCACUUCGGGCCCGAGAGGCCGUCGGCAGUCUUGCAGCAGGCCGUGCAAGCGUGCAUUGACUGUGCCCACCAGCAGAAGCUUGUCUUCUCCCUGGUCAAACAAGGCUAUGGUGGUGAGAUGGUAUCAGUGUCGGCAUCCUUCGAUGGGAAACAGCACCUGCGGAGCCUGCCUGUGGUGAACAGCAUCGGGUACGUCCUCCGUUUCCUCGCCAAGCUGUGCCGAAGCCUUCUGUGUGAUGACCUCUUCAGCCACCAGCCCUUCCCCAGGGGCUCCAGUGGCUCUGAGGAAACCCAGGAGAAGAAGGAAGGCAGGAUGGAGUCAGCAAAAACAGUCACCACUGAGGAGUGCCUGGCGAACCCUGUGGGCAUGAACCGCUACAGCAUGGACCCCUCCGCCUCCACCUUUAGCCACAGGGGCUCCUUGCCCACCUCUUCCUCGCUGUACUGCAAGAGACAGAACUCUGGAGAUGGCCACCUUGGGGGAGUCUUGGCCACCACUGCCAGUGGUCCCCGCUCCAGCCCCAUGUCCUCUGGAGGCCCCUUGACACCUGGGCUGAGGCCCCCAGGCUCCAGCCCCAAGAGAAACGGGACCCCUCUUGAAGGAAACAGAUGUGCCUCAAGCCCUUCCCCAGACGGACAGGAUGCCAGGCGGCCCCGGAGCAGGAACCCCUCCACCUGGACUGUGGAGGAUGUGGUCUGGUUCGUGAAAGACGCUGACCCGCAGGCUCUGGGGCCUCACGUGGAACUCUUCAGAAAGCACGAGAUUGAUGGCAAUGCUCUCUUGUUGCUGAAGAGUGAUAUGAUCAUGAAAUACUUGGGUCUGAAGCUGGGCCCCGCGCUGAAACUGUGCUACCAUAUUGAUAAACUGAAGCAAGCCAAAUUCUGAAGGUUUUUAAAAGAUAGAAGCAAUGUCCAGACAACAGAUCUCAAGAUCAUCUUCUGCCUUACCAACAUCCAGCCACCAUCAUAAAAUGGAUUCUCUUCUUAAAAUUAACAGCCACAAAGACUUGGCCUUUAAAAAAAAAAUGUGCAUCUCUGCCUUUAAAAACAAAAAAUUCAACAUGACCCUUUUGAAAGGCUCCUCUGUGUUAAUGAUUUGCCAAAAAUUAUGGAAAAGCCUGUUAUUUUAACGUUCCUGAUAGGCUGGUUGCUCUUAGAGUGGGUCCUAUUCUUAUGAUGAGAGAGCAGGGAACUGAAUGCUAUUGCCCAAGAAGAACCCUGAAGCGUUCUCACAAAGAUGUGAGAAGAAAGACCUCUGUCUCCACCACAGCACCACCUGUCUUUAACUCUGCCCUGGGGACCUAUCAUUGUGAGCCUUGCUUAAUUCAGCUCUGGAAGCUGUCUUAUGAGGGAAAAAAUGCCUCACUUUGCACUAUCUGGAAAACUUGAAUUCUUUUGCCCUCUGACAGAGAAGAAAAAAGUCUUUUCUAUUCCUAGUUAUUUGAAAUACUGUGUUGUCCCACUAGAGGGCAGACUGUUAAUGAAGUUUCAGGACCCUCACUGCAGUAGCCUGCUGAUCCGGUACUCCGUGGAUGGGUUAGGGUCUCUGUGAACAAGAUCUAGCCUACACAGACACGGGGAAUUUCUUCCACAGUCAGCACCACAGAUUGCAACUUGGGAAGAAACCGUCUCUUAGAGCAUUCUAGUUCAUACCCAGUCAUUAUUGAUGGACUGAGAUGCACAAGCAGCAAAGGCAAAAAUCUGGAAGUAUGUUCUUCCCAGAUGGGGCUUUGGAGUCCCUUCCUUUUCAGAGUCCUUACUGAGGUGUUGAUGUGUUGGCACGCCGAAGAGUCUUAGUGACAUUUAGCCAUGGGUGUUUCUUUAAAAAAGAAGAAGAAAAAUGUCUCAGAUAAGCUUUGAAAUGGAAGAGUGCUGAUUUCUAGUUACAUUGCUGGAUUACGUAGUUGUAUCGCUAGCUAAUUUUUCUAGUUCUCAACAAAUACACAGACAUGCUAUUAUUGGGUUUAAUUCAAUUUACAAAUAGGUUUUCUCCUUCCUCACCGUGAAGUAAUAGAAAAAAAAUUGAUUUUUUACCCCUUUGCAGCUGUGUCCAAGGAAGGACGAUGAAACCACAAUUGAAUAGGCAGGAAGGUGACCUCAUCUCCAUUCCUUUUAUCCUUCUCCUUUCUUUCUGUCCCUCUUUCUUUUAUUCUUCCUUCCUCACUGAACAGGAAGCGUAUCUUCAAACUGAAUUCACCUUCGCCAUGGGCAUAUCCUCUUAAAACAUCUAUAGCGUUGGAGGUGAGGAGGUGAAUGCUAGACUUUGCAAUCUCUGGGAGGGAGAGGAUCAAGGAAAACUCAGGGCCUCCCAUGGCCAAAAUGCAAGUUAGGGAAAGCAUACCUUCCUCUGGGAUGCAGCCGGCAGAGCAGAGCAGGGGUCUCACCUGAUGGCUGGAGCAGGGUGGGAUUUCAGCCCCUCAUCCUUCAACCAGGUGCCCUGGUGCAGGACAGGGGCUGUACGACCUUGAGGGCAGCCAGGGUAGAUCUGAAUGCUGAUCUUCUCUUCGAUCAGGUAGAACUUAGAUGAAGGUCCUAAGGAAGAUUCCAUGCCAUGCCGUUAGACCCAUUUUGAUGAGCGAUAAUCGAGAAAGCACAUCAUAGCAAAAUCCUUUCUUAGACACACACCUGGUGGCUGGACUGAAAGCAUGGCAGAGAAGGGGAGGAGGAGACCGUCCUAAACCUGGCCCCUGAAUUGAGCUGGAGUCAUCGGGUUGUGGGAGAGCUUCAUGUCUGCUGCUUUCAGCACCUGACAAAGCUACCCCUGUGUCAUCAGGCCUUGGGACGGAGUCUUCCAACAUCUUAGAUAAAAUGACUCUGUCCCUCAGAGUUUAAGUUAAGUGCUCAUGGCUGGUCUGGAGCUAGAUAAGUUCCCUCAAAAGCCAACGUGAAAAUGGUGAGGCCCAGAAAACCCCACCACAACUCACCCACCCUUUCUGCAUCCUCGGGUUUCCACUCAGAUUCCUCUCCAGACCUGUCGCGCCUCUUCUGCCGACACAUACCUUGUUGAGAGACUUUCGAAGCUUCCUACCCACCCUCACCAGUGCCUCCCUCACUACAAAAGCAGGAGCAUUGGUGCCCCCAAAUUAAAAUCAUCCCCAAACAAUGUCAAAGAGAUACUGUGAGUAGUUUUCGGGGGAGAGAGAUUUUCUCCUCUCAAGUCGAGGAGAAAACUGGAUCCAUGUUCACGUGUAACUGCUCUCACGGAGGUGCGAUCUCGUUUUGCAUUAAACUUUAAGCAGGACAGAUUGCUGAAGCCAUGAUAUUUAAGGUUUGACUUUUUAAAAAUCUCAUUACUCUUAAAAUGAAUGCUGCCAUAUCAGAAAAUAACCCAGGGAGGAAAUUCCUCCUUGCCUGUUUUUGCACUGAAAUGCAAUUAGCCAACCAAAUUAUUGUAGCAAUACUGCAAUUAUAAUUAAUUUUCACCCCUUUCAAAAAUCUUGUCAGACCAGGCAGCUAAAUAGCUCAGCAAAUGUAAAACAUGCCAGGCCAUUUCCUCUAAAUGGACCUUAAAGAGUCAGGCCAUGUGUGUCAUUCUCGUCCAAACGCGAGCUUAUUUUGGGAACCUCACACUUGUUAUUCCAUGGCAGUAGCUUUGCUUCAGGUUGCGGUGAAUAAUGAUAUAGUUUUGCAUAAUUCCAAAUUAGAGUGAGUGUGUGUGUGCAUGUCCAGACAUUUCCAAUCACCUGUGUCAUUUUUUUUUUUAAUCUAAAGACAAUUCUAUUGCCUAAAUCAUUUUAAGUAUUUUAUAAGUGUAUGAUUCCCUUUGUGAAGACUUCAGGUAAAAAGAUGUAGGGUGUGUGUGUGUGUGUGUGUGUGUGUUAGUUCUAACAGUAGUUGGAAGAGCCUAGAAGAGGCUGAGAGCGGAUCAGUUCUACAGUUGCUUGGUCUAGAAUGCCUCCCAGCUGCAACUUGGAGCAGAACCCACUCUAGGCUGUUAUGACCAGCUAUCCCCUCUGCUGCCAGCAGGGUGCGCCCUGGAGGCAGUUGGGGGACAGUUCUGGGGUUCUGGGCCUGCAUCCCUCAGGCUGGCUGGAUGGGUCAAGCCAGUCCAGGGCCCCUGUGACUGAGGCAGAGACCUAGCCAGGCAGCCCGUGGGGCAGGGAACAGACGUCUUGGGCUCCUUGUUUAGUGCCCACCAGAGCGUUCACCGGGCUCCCAUCAUUUCUCUUCAGCGGGGCUGCCGAGGUUUUUUCCUUUCAUCAGGAAAAAGGAAUGAAGAACUCCUCAGGAGAACCAAAUGGAAGGAAUCCUGAGCGAAGGUUGGUUUACUUCAGGAGGAAACCAGUGAGAGAGGGAAGAUACAACUAUAAAUUUCAUAGGAAAACAAUAAAAGAGCACCUCUUCUAACAGCCUCAACCCUUGAAGCAGCAAUAACCUAUUUUUGUAUUUAUGUGCUGUAUGGAAUAUUUUUUUUUAAUUAAAAUCAUUUUUUUAAUUAUUUUUUGAGAUUGCUUUAGGAGAAUUUUGUCGUAACUCUGAAGAUAAUUGGAAACUCCCAGCAGUGACCAAGGACUUGAAUUUAGUCAUUGGCAGAAAGUCGGGAAAGAUGGAAAUAUUCUCCUUGAUGUCUCCAUAGUCAGGUUUUCAUACAUGUGAGCAGGAGGCGUUCUGAUCUCUCUCUGUCUGGGAAGGUGACAGCCGAAUCCUCUCCCUGGUAAAGUUCCUGUCCUUAACCGUGCCCUGCAUGAAAAAGCCAGAAACCAAAGGCACAAAUAGGUCAUCUCCCUGUCUCGGUAAGAGAAAAAUAGGGCUGACCGCAUUGCCUUUUCCCUAACUGGAUGGUCUUCCUCCCUCCUAAAGAUUGAAAAGGGUGUGUGUAUGCACAUUCAUGCGUGUAUUUAUGAUUGGGUUUGGGAAUUUGAGAUAAAGGUCAUCCAGUGAAAGUUUAUGCAUCAACUGCUUGUGCCAAGGCCGGUGUGCAAGGAAGAUCUGGUACAUGUAUUGCAGACACUCCAACUACUCGAAAAUUCAUUGUGCUUUCACUUUUUGUGGACAUAAUGGAAUUCUGGAACAUUACUUCAAUUCCAGGCUUUAUUUAGAAGUGCUUGGAGAGUGUGGAGCUUUGAGCCUAGGAAAUGGUGUCAUUUUAGGGGCUAGCUUUUUUUUUAUUAUUAUUAUUCCAAUGGAUCUAAUUUUGCAGACCAGAAAUCAAUGAAUAAAACCUGUUGUAAUGGGGAACAGCAUUUCCAUUGGAGAGGAAGAGCAGUAAACUCUGUCACCUGGGGAAAGAGCCUCUCCUUAAUUUUUGUUCUUUGUAAGCAUGAUGCAAUCAGUGUUUCCUAAUAUCGGGACAAUCCUCUCGCUUCGAAGUGUUUCUAUGUAAUUGUGUCACAUAAUGAUAAAUUGUAAUAGGCAAUUUGGUUCUGUAAUUCAGUUUGCCAAGCAUGCAAACAUACGAUAACUAGGUUAAAUGCAAAUAAGCAUUACACUAAGGUACAAAAAACAGGGGAGAAAAAAGAUGCUGUGUCCGUAACUUAGGAAGAACAUGAAUUUUAUUCCUCGUGUGCCUCAAAAUGUAGUUUGUUAAAGUUAUUUAUCCUCUCAUUUAAUUUCAUCACAUACUGUUUAUACUAUAAUUAUCUGUGUAUGAACAUACAUGUAUUCCUACUGCAUACAUUGACAGAUCUCUCAUGUGCAAUAAGUAGGCUCCAAACAAGCAUGUUGUCGGAGUGAGUUGAUGUGCUCAUUUUUUACGGUAAUAGACGAUUAUAUAUAAGACACCAUAUCAAAAUGUGCUUUUAAUUUUUCAAAGCCUUUUUGUUAUUGUACAUAAGCUUUUUUCCUUUGGGCCAAUGUUUUCAUUAUUUAGAGAUCUAUUUUUAAUAUAUUCCUUUGAAUAGUGACUGGUAGGUACACUAGAGUCAGAUAUGUAGUUUCAUUAAAUAAACACUACUGGCCUUAAUGAUUUUAAUAUUUUGGGGUGCUUUUUUCAUUUUUGAUGCAGUAUUCUUUUUUUCUAGUACAGUGUAUUGUGGGCCUGGGAGUGAUUCAAUGAAAUUUCUAAAUCUUAAGAUUCCAAGACAAUGCAGUAUUUUCUGUUCAUGCUGUAAAAAGUAUUUCUGUAUUUUAAUAAAGAAUGGAAUUUAUGUGAGACCGUA